AUGGCCGACACCGCCGCACGCCCAGGCUUCGCGCAGAAGCAGCACCGUCGCCCAGGAUCGCGCAUCGUGCCUGCCAUCCCAUACCGUCUGUCCAAGUCUCAGCCAUCUGCCAGACCCAUUACCCCAGAAGGCUCCCACAAAGGCGCCGCCGCUCAGCUAUCUGAGCCGCAGCCGGAGCCGCAAAGAGUGCCGGAGAAGCAGAUCGAAGAGCACGCGGAACAGAAGCAUGCAGAGCCUGUGCAAGCCCCUCUCACACCCGAGUCGGACGUUUCUGGUGUCGACAAGGGAGAGCUGCCAGCAGAUGGCUUGGCUAGCCCAUCGCAGAACGGGCACAAAGCGCCAUCAGACGCUCAGGAUGCAGGAAACCAAGUCAACGGACAUACCAAUGGAUAUGCCGACGAGAAGCCUCCCCCGCCGACGGAGCCCAGCGCCGAAACGAAGCCAGCCGUCAACGGGGUGCACCGCAAGUUGACCAUACCCUCUCACCUUCCCCCACCGUUCUAUCCCUCGAACAAGACCGAUACGCCGCCGGCAGAGGGGAGUGACACUCCAUCGCAUCGACACCAGCUCAGUGCAGGCGCCCUCGUCUUCAGGAGCGCAAAUGAGUCACCAGCACCUCCUGUGACAUCUCAAGAGCCAGACCUGCAUCCACACGAACAGCAUGUGCUGCCCCGUCCUCCGCCUGGCUUUGGUCCCCAGCAAUUUGCGCCCUUCUUUCCGGGUCAUGCUCAGCAUCCCUCUCAGGCAGGAGCGCCCUGGCACAUGCCCCCAAACACAGUUGCGCCGCCUGAUCCCACGUACGCAAACGGCUCUGAUUUUCGCCCCUCCCAGUUUCCUAGUGGUCCGGACGGCUACUCGAACCCUUACAACGGCCAUUUCUCGCCGGAACAGGCACCUUUCGUCGCAAAUGGUACCCUCACCUCUCAUUCGCAGUCACCGAGCAAGGCACAAUUUGGCGAAACGGUACCGACUUCAGAGCAUGGGGAGGAGCAUCGUGCCUUGCCCUACCAGAACGGCACUGCGCCUCCUCCCGCUGAGCGCCUAGAGGAGUCGCCUUUUGAGCUUGCGGGUUAUCUUUCUACGCAGUUUGGGAAUCCAGAAUUCGCCGACUUUGUCCUCCAAGUCCGAUCUCCGGAAUCGGUCCUGGUAUCAGUGCCUGUGCACGGCAUCAUAGUGGUACGCAGUCCAGUCAUAGCAGAAGCUAUCCGUCGCAGUCCUGUCCCAAGUCAUCGUAGUAGGGAUGCGCGUCGGCUAGUCGAUGUCGUCGCGCUGGACCCUUUCACCACUGGCGAAUCUCUGGGAGAGGCUGUCAGAGUGCUGUAUGGUGCCCCACUUCUUUCCGCCCAGACCUUCCUCUAUGGCCUCGCACCUUACAUGUACGAGAGUGACCAAGCAACUCCCUCCAAUGACGCUCGCCGGCGCAUGCAACAAAUCCUGAGUUAUAUUGCGGCAGCAAGGACUUUCCAGAUACCUAGCAUGCAGGCACGUGGCAUCGAGAUUGCAAGGAUGCUUCUCCGAUGGGACACUGUGGAACAGGUCUUGCAAUACAUACUGCAAGCCAAUUCUGGACCACGGUCAAGAGCCGAAGGACCUGAUACGGACGACCCCUUCAUCUCAACGCUACUGAACUACGCUCUCGAGUUCCUUGCCUUCACCUUUCCUAUCGACUUCAAGCUGUACACCAUAGCGCCUGAGUUCUCUGACGCACCACGUCUGCCUGCGGUCGUUGAGAAUCGCCAGGCCGCGCAUAAUCCACGGCUAAGCAAGAUUCGCUUCGGUGAUGCACCGACAGAAGACGACCACCAGCCCAGCCAUUCGACUGUCGUGUUGUCGACCAUUCUUCUAUCGCUACCGCUUCCGCUCGUAGAGCGCCUCUUCAAUCAUCGUGCGACAGCUAGCCAGAUUGGGUGGACUGGUGCUAAUAAGAUCUUACGGGAUGUCGUCAACGAGCGCGAAAAUCGACGCCAGAAAGCUUCAAGAAGCCAGUUGAAGCCGACUCAAGAUGGCACGAUUCCUGCCGGGCUACUAAGCAAUGUCUAUCUUGAGGAGCGCGUGGAACAGGUCGAGCCGUCGCCGCUGCAUCCUUCCGGUCAUCGCUUGGCGACAAAACGGGUCGCUGGUGAGACCUGA